AUGCCUCAACGACCUUUUCAAGGUUCCCAAAGUCGAUGUUCACGUGAAAAAGACUUGGAAAUGACAAUUAAAAAAGAAUUUUAUAAUGCUAUAGAUCGUCGACUUGAUAGAGUUGUACGUGGUGCACUUGAUAGAGAAUGUCAAGAAGGAAAAUUGGAAACACAACAUGAAAGAUCAAUGACAUAUUGUUGUUAUUCCAAUUAUUGUAAUGGAACACUAUCUAAACAGCUAAUAAAUUAUAUUCUUAUGAAUAUAAUUGCUCUUUUAAUACUUAUUAUAUUCAUUAUAAAAGAAUAA